CUCCUGCACACAGGACAUGUAAGUUAUUUUGCCAGUUGCCUUGUCAAAUUGACUAUCUCUGUGUGUUUACCAUAUUUUCAGUAACUAUGGGCAGUUUAACAGUUAUGUUCGCGUGUUCUGCUAAGACCUUGAAGAUGAUCAAAAAUAACUCACAUGCAAUUUAUUUCAAGAGGACUCUAUUGCCACGACUGCCUCUCUUCAAACAAUCAGAAGGCAAGUGUAUCAACUUUGGUCGACUGUCAAGCUCCACAGCUGCCAGUGCAGCGAAGGGAGAGGACUCCUUCCUCAAAUGGCUCCUGCUUCUGAUCCCUGUCACCACAUUUGGUCUUGGGACAUGGCAGGUGAAACGUCGGGAAUGGAAAAUUAAGUUGAUUGCAGAACUGAGAAGUCUUACCUCCGUGGAACCCAUUCCUCUUCCUAUUGAUCCUCUGGAGUUGAACAAUCUGGAGUACAGGAGAGUAAAGGUGCGUGGGCACUAUGACCACUCCCAGGAGAUGUACAUCUUACCACGCUCACCUGUCGACCCAGAGAAAGAGGCAAGGGAGGCAGGCCAGCUGUCAUCCAGUGGAGAUACUGGAGCCAAUGUCGUUACCCCGUUCUACUGCAGUGACCUAGGGAUCACAAUCCUUGUAAACAGAGGAUAUGUUCCUAGGAAGAAGAUCAAACCAGAAACCAGGAUGAAGGGACAGGUGGAUGACGAGGUUGACCUGGUAGGUGUGGUGAGGCUGACAGAGAUCCGCAAACCCUUUGUGCCACAAAACGACGUGGAGCACAACCGCUGGCACUACCGCGACCUGGAGACAAUGGCUAGAGUCACAGGGGCUGAGCAGAUCUUCAUCGAUGCUGACCUGGCCAGCACAAUUCCGGGUGGACCUAUAGGAGGACAGACCCGAGUCACCCUAAGGAAUGAACAUAUGCAGUACAUUAUGACGUGGUAUGGCCUCUGUGCAGCAACCUCUUACAUGUGGUAUGCGAAGUUCAUCAAAAGGAUUGUGUAAAACACCCCGCAAUGGCUUGAGUAGUGGAAAUGAAUGUUUGUCAUGAAUAUACCACAGCCUGAUCAUGGCAGUAUAGAAGCUGCUGUAGGUACUUAAUGUCUAGGUUUUAUUUGACAAAUGUACACUUACAAAUGCAACAUGUAAAGUUGGUUUCAUGAGCUGAAAUAAAGACCCCAGAAAUGUUCCAAACACCAGUAUUUCUCUCAAAUGUGUUACCUGCCUCAACUGCAGGCGAGCGGUUUAGACGUAAACAGAAGUGCCCCACAAUGACGGUGGGGCUAUGGCAUGGGCAUUCAUAAGCAGCGAACAAUUAAAUUAUUAUAGAUGGCAAUUUGAAUGCACAAAUACCAUGAGCGAGGCCCAUUUGUCUAUGCAUACCUGCAUU